AUGCUCUCAAUUAAUAUUCCAAAACAUACGAUUCCCGAGCAAUACGAGUUGAGCGUGCUUCCGUCGCUUGCUGUCGAGAGCCCUUUCGAUAUCUUGAUCAAGGUCCACGCCGCGAGUAUCAAUCCAGUCGAUGUCAAAAAGGCCUCGGGUGCUACCAAGUUGGUUCUCACAGAUAGCUUCCCUUACAAGCUUGGCUACGAUUGUGCCGGCACAGUUGUAGAUGUCGGAUCUCAGGUAACGCGCUUCAAGGCCGGGGAUGAGGUCUUCGUUCGGUUGCCGGAAUGUCACCGUGGAUCGUGGAGUGAGCUUGCGAGGUCGACAGAGGAAUUCGUCGCACGAAAGCCACAAAAUCUUUCCAUGGCGGAUGCUGCCUCGAUUCCUUUAGUGGCAAUGACAGCUUUGCAAGCGCUUCGAGGCUACGAGGGCGAUCUUCGCGGAAAGACUGUUUUUGUACCUGCUGGACUAAGCGGGACCGGCUUAUUCGCGUGUCAACUUGCAAAAAAUGUUUUUGGGGCUGGCAAAGUGAUCACCACGGUGUCUACAGCUAAAGUCUCCCAAGUGAAGGAACUCCUAGGCGAGGAUGUUGUCGACGAAAUCAUCGAUUACAAACGAGUCGAUCCUCAGUCCGUCAUUCCUCCGCGUUCAGUUGAUUUUAUCUUCGACACUACAGGUAUCGCAAUGAGAUACCUGGCACUUAUGCGGCCGAAAGGGACUAUUGUUACGGUGUCUAUUCUUCCCUCUGGAGACGUCCUCCAGAACUCUAGCGUUAUGCGACGAUCGCCUGAAAAGGAAGACAAGGCAAUCGUGCCCUUCCCUAUCCGCAUUGGUUUGAAUGUCAUGCAUCGAAUCCGAGUCGCUCGUGCAUCACGGUAUGGAGUCAAGUACUCUUCCAUCUUCCUGGAAACAAAUGCCGCCGACUUGGACUCCAUUCGGCAAUGGGUUGAAGAGAGCAAGCUUAAGACUGUUGUGGGAACAAAGACCUAUUUCAAGGACAUUGCUGAAGUUCGGAACGCAUGUCAAGUCGUCUUUGACGGGAGAGGGGGUGUUGGAAAGUCGGUAAUUAUGUUUGUGUGA